ACCCCUUGCUCGCGUGCUACACAUCCGGGCUUUUGCUACUAGUGAGGGGAAGAUGGCGUCUGCAACCGUGGUGGUUCCCGCAGAGUGGAUAAAGAAUUGGGAGAAAUCAGGGAGAGGCGAAUUUUUGCAUUUAUGCCGGAUCCUAAGUGAAAAUAAAAGCCAUGAUAGUUCGACUUACAGAGAUUUCCAGCAAGCUCUCUAUGAGUUGUCAUACCAUGUUAUUAAAGGAAAUCUAAAACAUGAACAGGCAUCUAAUGUUCUUAAUGACAUUAGUGAAUUUCGAGAGGAUAUGCCUUCCAUUCUUGCAGAUGUAUUCUGCAUAUUAGAUAUUGAGACAAAUUGUUUAGAAGAAAAAAGCAAGAGAGACUAUUUUACACAGUUGGUAUUAGCAUGUUUGUAUUUAGUUUCAGACACAGUUCUAAAGGAACGUCUGGAUCCAGAAACACUGGAGUCAUUAGGGCUUAUUAAACAAUCACAGCAAUUCAAUCAAAAGUCAGUGAAAAUCAAGACAAAACUCUUAUACACAAAGAGUUAUAAGCAGCAAAAAUUCAAUUUAUUAAGAGAAGAGAAUGAAGGCUAUGCCAAGCUGAUUGCUGAAUUGGGUCAAGAUUUAUCUGGCAAUAUUACUAGUGACUUAAUCUUAGAAAAUAUCAAAUCUUUAAUAGGAUGCUUUAAUCUGGAUCCCAAUAGAGUUUUGGAUGUCAUUUUAGAAGUGUUUGAAUGCAGGCCAGAACACGAUGACUUCUUUAUAUCUUUAUUAGAAUCUUACAUGAGUAUGUGUGAACCGCAAACACUGUGUCAUAUUCUUGGGUUCAAAUUCAAGUUUUACCAGGAACCAAAUGGUGAGACUCCAUCAUCUUUAUACAGAGUUGCAGCAGUACUUCUACAAUUUAAUCUUAUUGAUUUAGAUGAUCUUUAUGUACAUCUUCUUCCAGCUGAUAAUUGCAUUAUGGAUGAACACAAACGAGAAAUUGUGGAAGCUAAGCAAAUCGUUAGAAAACUUACAAUGGUGGUGUUGUCUUCUGACAAAAUGGAUGAGCGAGAAAAAGAAAAGGAAAAAGAGGAGGAGAAAGUAGAGAAGCCACCAGACAACCAAAAACUUGGUUUGUUGGAAGCCUUGUUAAAGAUAGGUGAUUGGCAGCAUGCACAGAACAUUAUGGAUCAGAUGCCUCCAUACUAUGCAGCUUCACAUAAGCUAAUAGCCCUUGCUAUUUGCAAGCUCAUUCACAUAACUAUUGAGCCUCUCUACCGAAGAGUUGGCGUUCCUAAAGGUGCUAAAGGCUCGCCUGUUAAUGCUUUGCAAAACAAGCGAGCUCCCAAACAAGCAGAGAGCUUUGAAGAUUUGAGGAGAGAUGUGUUCAAUAUGUUCUGUUACCUUGGUCCUCACCUUUCUCACGAUCCCAUUUUAUUUGCAAAAGUGGUGCGCAUAGGCAAGUCAUUUAUGAAGGAGUUUCAAUCUGAUGGAAGCAAACAAGAAGAUAAAGAGAAAACGGAAGUUAUCCUUAGCUGUUUACUUAGCAUUACGGACCAGGUACUACUUCCAUCUCUUUCUUUGAUGGACUGCAAUGCUUGUAUGUCCGAGGAGCUAUGGGGAAUGUUUAAAACAUUUCCAUAUCAGCAUAGAUAUCGUCUGUAUGGCCAGUGGAAGAAUGAAACUUAUAACAGUCACCCACUUUUAGUAAAAGUUAAAGCUCAAACAAUAGACAGAGCCAAAUAUAUCAUGAAGCGCCUAACCAAGGAAAAUGUGAAGCCUUCUGGAAGACAAAUUGGGAAAUUGAGCCACAGCAAUCCAACCAUUUUGUUUGAUUAUAUCUUGUCACAAAUACAGAAGUAUGAUAACUUAAUAACACCUGUAGUAGAUUCAUUGAAAUACCUCACUUCAUUGAAUUAUGAUGUCUUGGCAUAUUGCAUCAUUGAAGCUUUAGCUAAUCCAGAAAAGGAGAGAAUGAAACAUGAUGACACAACCAUCUCAAGCUGGCUUCAGAGUCUGGCUAGUUUCUGUGGUGCAGUUUUUCGUAAAUAUCCAAUUGAUCUUGCUGGUCUUCUUCAAUAUGUGGCCAAUCAGCUAAAGGCGGGCAAAAGUUUUGACCUGCUUAUAUUGAAAGAAGUGGUACAAAAAAUGGCAGGAAUAGAAAUUACAGAGGAAAUGACAAUGGAGCAACUAGAGGCCAUGACUGGUGGAGAGCAGCUAAAAGCUGAGGGUGGUUAUUUUGGCCAGAUCAGAAACACUAAAAAAUCCUCUCAGAGGUUAAAGGACGCACUAUUGGAUCAUGAUCUUGCUCUUCCUCUGUGUUUGCUUAUGGCUCAGCAGAGGAAUGGGGUAAUCUUUCAGGAAGGUGGAGAGAAGCAUUUGAAACUUGUGGGAAAGCUCUAUGACCAGUGUCAUGAUACCCUGGUACAGUUUGGUGGGUUUUUAGCAUCUAAUCUAAGCACAGAAGAUUAUAUAAAGCGAGUGCCUUCAAUUGAUGUGCUUUGUAAUGAAUUUCAUACACCCCACGAUGCAGCAUUUUUCCUGUCUAGGCCAAUGUAUGCACACCAUAUUUCGUCAAAGUAUGAUGAACUUAAAAAGUCUGAAAAGGGAAGUAAACAGCAACAUAAAGUUCACAAGUACAUUACAUCAUGUGAGAUGGUGAUGGCUCCUGUCCAUGAAGCAGUGGUCUCCUUACACGUUUCCAAAGUCUGGGAUGACAUCAGCCCUCAAUUCUAUGCCACAUUCUGGUCAUUGACAAUGUAUGACCUUGCAGUUCCCCACACCAGCUAUGAACGAGAAGUCAAUAAACUUAAAAUCCAGAUGAAAGCAAUUGAUGACAAUCAGGAAAUGCCUCCAAAUAAAAAGAAAAAAGAGAAGGAGCGCUGUACUGCCCUUCAGGAUAAGCUUCUUGAAGAAGAAAAGAAACAGAUGGAACAUGUACAGAGAGUUCUACAGAGAUUAAAACUGGAAAAGGACAACUGGCUUUUAGCAAAAUCUACCAAAAAUGAGACCAUCACAAAAUUUCUACAGCUGUGUAUAUUUCCUCGAUGUAUUUUUUCAGCAAUUGAUGCUGUUUACUGUGCUCGUUUUGUUGAAUUGGUACAUCAACAGAAAACUCCAAAUUUUUCCACACUUCUUUGCUAUGAUCGAGUUUUCUCUGACAUAAUUUACACAGUUGCAAGCUGUACUGAAAAUGAGGCUAGUCGAUAUGGGAGAUUUCUUUGCUGCAUGUUAGAGACUGUGACCAGGUGGCAUAGUGAUAGAGCCACCUAUGAGAAGGAAUGUGGAAACUAUCCAGGAUUCCUUACCAUAUUACGGGCAACUGGAUUUGAUGGUGGAAAUAAGGCUGAUCAAUUAGACUAUGAAAAUUUUCGACAUGUUGUACAUAAAUGGCAUUACAAACUAACCAAGGCAUCGGUACAUUGCCUCGAAACAGGCGAAUAUACUCACAUCAGGAAUAUCUUGAUUGUGCUAACAAAAAUACUUCCUUGGUACCCAAAAGUUUUGAAUCUGGGUCAGGCUUUGGAAAGAAGAGUGCAUAAAAUCUGCCAAGAAGAAAAAGAGAAGAGGCCAGAUCUAUAUGCAUUGGCUAUGGGCUACUCUGGGCAAUUGAAAAGUAAAAAGUCAUACAUGAUACCUGAAAAUGAGUUUCAUCACAAAGAUCCCCCUCCGAGGAAUGCAGUUGCCAGUGUACAAAAUGGGCCUGGUGGUGGGCCUUCUUCAUCAUCGAUAGGAAGUACAUCCAAAUCGGAUGAAAGCAGUACUGAGGAGACUGAUAAAUCAAGGGAGAGAUCUCAGUGUGGCGUGAAAGCUGUUAAUAAAGCUUCUAGUGCCACACCAAAAGGGAAUUCAAGCAAUGGAAAUAGUGGCUCUAACAGCAGCAAAGCUGUUAAAGAAAAUGACAAAGAAAAAGGGAAAGAUAAAGAGAAAGAGAAAAAAGAAAAGACUCCAGCUACUACUCCAGAGGCCAGGGUACUUGGUAAAGAUGGUAAAGAAAAACCAAAGGAAGAGCGGCCAAAUAAAGAUGAAAAAGCAAGAGAGACCAAGGAAAGAACACCUAAGUCUGACAAAGAGAAAGAAAAAUUAAAGAAGGAAGAAAAAGCUAAAGAUGAGAAAUUCAAGACCACUGUCCCCAACGUAGAAUCAAAAUCAUCUCAAGAAAGGGAAAGAGAGAAGGAGCCAUCCAGAGAGAGAGAUAUAGCAAAGGAAAUGAAAUCAAAGGAAAAUGUUAAAGGAGGAGAAAAAACACCAGUUUCUGGGUCCUUGAAGUCACCUGUUCCCCGAUCAGAUAUUGCAGAGCCUGAAAGGGAACAGAAACGCCGCAAAAUUGAUACCCACCCUUCUCCAUCACAUUCCUCCACAGUAAAGGACAGUCUCAUCGACUUCAAGGAGUCUUCAGCAAAGCUCUACAUUAAUCAUACUCCUCCACCACUGUCCAAGAGUAAGGAGAGAGAAAUGGACAAGAAAGAUUUGGACAAGUCGAGGGAGAGAUCCAGAGAAAGAGAGAAAAAAGAUGAAAAGGACAGGAAAGAACGGAAAAGGGAUCACUCAAACAAUGACCGUGAAGUACCACCGGACUUGACCAAGAGGCGUAAAGAGGAAAAUGGAACAAUGGGGGUUUCAAAACACAAAAGUGAAAGUCCAUGUGAGUCUCCUUAUCCAAAUGAGAAAGACAAGGAUAAAAAUAAGUCAAAAUCUUCAGGCAAAGAAAAAGGUGGUGAUUCAUUUAAAUCUGAGAAGAUGGAUAAGAUCUCCUCUGGUGGCAAAAAGCAGAGCGGAAGGCCACCUUUUGUUGGAAUAUAUCCUGCAAACGUAUUAUCAAUACAGUUUGUAGCACCAAUAGAAGAUAGACGUCUGUGAUAGAAGACAGCAGACUGAACUGAGCCUGAAGUAGAAAACCUUUGAGAAACAGCAACAGUCCUAGGUGUGAAAAAGAUCUGUGUGACCCCUUACAUUUAGAACCUGUGUCUUUUUGUUUACAAUGGUUAAAGCAGCAGGUAUUUUUAAACAAUAAUUAAUAAAAAAAUAAGCUUAGGAGAAUGUUGUAGGUAACGUGGUAUAUAUAUUAAUGAGAAGAAAAAUAUUACUCUGCCAAAGAUAGAGUCCCAAAGGCUGAGUUUGGCACUAUUUCAUCACAAUAUGGCUUUCUUCUUGAUGACAGCUAGCUUUUUCUGAAGUUCACUGAACUUGGGGGUGGUUUCCAAGUUUGUAAUCCUAACACUUCAACAUUAUUUUAUACUCUCUGGACUCUGCCAGGAGACUGACAUCCAGUAUCCUCUUUCCACUUGCUCUUGUGCUUGCUGAUUUGUCAUUCCAGGAUAUGGACAGACCCCUAAGCUGAAGGUCUCCCAGAGGAGGAUGCCAAAGCUCCAUGCGUCGCUCUCAGAACGAUAUCUCCCAUAAUUAAGAGCUUCUGGUGCUGUCCAUUUCAUGGGAAUCUGCUUUAAGUCAGAAGAUGAAUACAUAACCACCAUCCUCUUGACGAGACAUUCCAAAGUCACUGAUUUUCAGAACAUUAUUUUCACCUCCAGGCAGUUUCUUGCAGCAAGGUCCCUGUGUAUACAAUUUUUACUCGAGAUACGCCAUCCAGAAGCAGCAUCUAAUGAAAAUUUCACUAACCGAGUAAUAGUUCAUCCUUCUUUCUCAGAAAGGAGAGGAAAUCGCCUCCUGGAACCAGUUCUUUAAUGAUGUAGAUAGGCUGUCUUUGUGUGCGAACUCCUAUAAGUUUGACAAUAUUGGGAUGAUUAUAUUGCUUGAGGAUUUUGGCUUCUUGUAAAAAUUUUAAUUUCAGUUCCUGGGAAAGAUCUUCUUUAUAUGUUGUAACAGCAACAGCGAUUUUAUCCUUUAAUGUGCCCUUAAAUAUAUCAUCAAAAUUUCCCUUGCUCAAUAAUUCUCCUAAUGUGACAUCUUCAUAAUUGAGAACCCAUUUCUUAUUCUCUUAGUUAUGGCCCUACUGUGAUACCAUGGUGCCCUUAAUUGGAACAUUGACCUUUUUUUGCGAUUUAAAAAAUUGAGAGAAAAUUCACCAUUUGAAAGUGUACAAUUAAGUGGUUUUCAGUAUGUUUGCUGUGUUGUGCAACCAUCACCACUGUCUAAUUCCAGAACAUUUCUGUCACCCCAAAAAGAAACUCUAUGCCUGUGAGCAGUCACUCCCAAUUCUCCCCUUCCCUCAAACCCUGGAAACCACUAAUGUACUUUCUGUCUCUAUAAAUUCACCUGUUUUGGACAUUACAUAUAAAUGAAAUCAUGUAAUACGUGGCCUUUUAUGUCUGGGCUCUUCCUCUUAGCAUCAUGUUUUCAAGAUUCAUCAUGUUGUAGCAUGUAUUAGUAGUCCAUUCCUUUUUAUGGGUAAAUGUUAUUCCAUUGUAUGAUUAUGUACCACAUUUUGUUUAUUCAUGAGUUGAUGGACAGAAACAAUGAUUUAAAGUGUUAAAUUAUAAGUUCAACAUUAGUGUAUCUGCAAUUUUAAUUGAUAAUGUCAAGAUAUAUACGUGGUGUGAACAGAAUGUGUAGAAAUGAUUUGUAAAUUAUUUGUCAGCAUUUCAUGCAAGUGUGAUUAUUUUCUAAGGCCCCUUCUUACUCUAGUUUUAUGAAAUAUGUGAAUGUAGUAUUUUCAUCAAUAAAAUUUAAUGCAUUAUGCAUUAGUUUAAAUUUUGAAUGAGAAUAAUGUUAGGCAGAUAUGAAAUUAUUUGCCACAUGUUGUAAUGAUCAUGUUUUGAAUUUAUUUCAAUAUGCAGUAUUUGAAAAAUGUCAAUACAUAAAGGAAAGGAAAUGAGUAUAAUUAAGUCAAUAUAUUUUUAAAGCAAUUUUUAUAAUUUAGCAGACAUUGCAUCUUAAUAUAAGUCACUUAAAAUUAUGUCCUUGUG